GAAUAAAAUCCCUAGUUUACCUUCAAAACAAAAAAAUCUAGCAGCAGACCAGCCCUCAAAAAAAAAAAUCAAAAAAAAUCUAGCAGCAGACCUGGCGGUGCGACGCCGUCAAGCACCAGCCGAGCACCACCGCGCGGUGCUCCACCACCGUACGGUGCACGCCCACGCCACAAAUCCGUUCUUGGCCCCGCUCUCCGAAAUCCGUUGCUGCUGUUAUCCGUCCCGCUCCCAGAUGGAUUCCUGAGUCCCCAAAAAUUGGUGUUCUGUUAUCUAUCUAUUUACUGAUUUGUAUCUUUCCUUCUCUCGUCUGCGUGUGAUGGCCAGGUAUUGCUGCUGCCAGUGAGGGAUGCAAGAAUCUGCGUGCCAAUACUGUAAAAGGAAGAGUUCUACAAGAACAAGAAGGAAGGAUUGUAUUUUCUUCUCCAUUGCCCGUGAAGGCAAAAUUUGGGAAAACAGGGCCAGAUGUUGGUGCUUGGGGUCAGAUGGUGCAUCGAUUGUGGGUAUAAUAUGGUGCAUCGAUUGUGGAAUAGUAUCCAUGAAGUUUAUUCAAGAGAGCGACUAUUUUUUUAUACUGGAUGAGAACGCUUCCAUCAUAGGCUCCAUCUCAUCCGGUCUAUGUCUUCGAGACGGUCUAUUUUCAACAUUUAUACAAAGAAGAUCUGGCACCAGAGAUUCACCAUCGGGAUUAACACAUUGCUUCAAUGACGAUACUAUCUCAAGAUGCAUUAUUAACGAGCUUUCCACUGACACCAUAUUUGUUUCAGGGAUUUCCUUCCCCUGGUAUACCAAUGACGGAUCAUAAGGAUAGUGGUCAGGAUAGAUGGGAAAUCAAGCACCACAGCUCACGUCAGUUCAAAUCAUGUUAUUUAUGUGGAGUAUCAGCUGAUUGCUGGACUCCAAGCUAUUUUUCUUAAGUUUUCAUUUGCUGACAUGAUUUUCUUUAGAAUAUGCCUAUUGUUAAAGGUCUGAACAAAAAAACUCAACACGUUUGGGACCCUUAAUCACAAAA